AUGUUUGUUAGGCGAAUGAUGAUGACCAUCCCACCACGAUAUGAUGAUAAAAAUCUAGCUAGAAACGCAAAUUGGGCACUGGAUCAAAUAUAUCGCAGCACGUGCCGGGAGCCGUUGAGGUCUGUCGCAGGCCUCGACAUUAAACUUGAUGUAACCGAACACUUUGUUGCCCCGGUCACAAUGACAUUUGUGUGCUUGGAAGAAGAUAGACAG